AUGGCGUCUUUGCGUCCGGAUAUAUCACACUGGUUCGAGCAGGCCCAGCUGCAAUUGCAGCUGUUUGUCCUACAAACCGACCUGUUCUUGUUCCAGCUGCUACCUCCUCUUCGCUCGAGCGCCGUUCGAUCACCUACAAGCCUCAUCUUCACCGGCCUUGUCGUCUUGAUCAUUCAACGGUUUGGUUCCGCUCUCAGUGCGUACGUUGCGGAACAAGGUGUUUCGAUCAGCAUCGAUGCUCCUCCACAAGCGCGAGCCGGAUGGUCCGGCAAGGUGCUCGAAACGCCGAGUAUUCGAGAUGCUUCGAACCCGGAAAAGAUUGUUUGCUACGAUCCGGCGACUGCGUACCUCAUCGGAGAGGUCGAUGCCGAUACGCCGCUUAGCAUCGCACGAAAAAUCGAAGCCGCCAAAAAGGCGCAGGCGAAAUGGUCAAAUUCAUCAUUUGCUCUGCGUCGUAAAGUGCUUCGGACGAUGAAGAACUGGGUCGUCAACGACUCGGAAACCAUCGUGCGAGUAGCCGCUCGCGAUACUGGCAAAACGGCGAUCGACGCUACGUUUGGUGAAAUCCUCACUACCCUCAGCAAGCUCAACUGGACCAUCAAGAAUGGCGAAAAAGUGCUCAGCACAGAAUCCCGCUCCACCAACCUCCUGUUGAUGCACAAAAUCUGUCAAGUUCGACACGAACCCAUGGGUGUCGUCGUCGCUUGUGUCAGCUGGAACUAUUCGGCGCACAACGUCCUCGGACCUAUCAUCAGCUCGGUCUUUGCCGGCAAUGCCAUCAUUGUCAAAGCAAGCGAGCUCGUCUGUUGGUCAGCCCACUACUUUAUCAAUUGUGUCAGGGAAUGCUUGCGCGUGAGCGGGGCGGAUCCCGACUUGGUACAGGUGGUCACGUGCUGGCCCGAGGCAGUGGAAUCUUUGACCGGCAGCGCAGAGGUUUCGCAUAUCACAUUCAUCGGAUCCGAGGAGGUUGGCAGAAAGGUGGCCCAGGUAGCCACAAAGGAGUUGACACCGGUGACGUUGGAGUUGGGUGGUAAGGAUCCUGCGGUGCUGCUCAAAGAUGCAGAUUUGAACUUCUUUGGAAGCACCUUCAUGAGAAGCUGUUUCCAGGGUAGUGGUCAGAAUUGUAUCGGCAUCGAGAGGUUCAUUGUUGACCAAGCGAUUGCCGAUAAGUUGGCCAAGAUUGUAGAACCCAGAAUUCGCGCGUUGAAGUUGGGCAGCUUUAUGGACGACGUAUCGUUCGGAUCAUCUUCUUCGUGCCAACAGCUCGCACACGUUGACAUGGGCGCCAUGAUUACCGAUGCUCGAUUUGAUCGGAUCGAACAACUCAUUUCCGACGCCGUCAGUCAGGGUGCUACCCUGCUUGUCGGCGGUAAACGCUUCAUCCACCCACGCUGGAAACACGGCCACUACUUUACCCCAACCCUUCUGACUAAUGUUCGUCCAACCAUGGCGAUCGCAAACGAAGAACUGUUCGCCCCGAUCUUCCUGAUCCUCCCCUUCCCCAGCACGCAACUCGACUCGGCGAUUCAAAUCGCUAAUUCGACACGUUACGGUCUCGGCUCCUCGGUCUUUGGCUCUGACCUCACCCAAUGCACCUAUGUUGCCGAAAAGCUCCAAGCGGGGAUGGUCAACAUUAACGACUUUGGCGUGAGCUACCUCAACCAGGACCUACCGUUUGGAGGCGUAAAAAAGAGUGGUUACGGCAGGUUUGCCGGCCCCGAAGGCUUGUUAAGCUUGACUCACGCGAAAGCGGUUACGAGAGAUAGAGUAUUUGGUUGGGUCAGAACGAAAAUCCCGGCGAGAAUGGAUUAUCCGAUGGAGAAUCCGCGCAAGUCAUGGGCGUUUGCCAAUGGAUUGGUGCGCUUUGCAUAUGGCGGAGGAGUGGUCGCGAGGGUAAGGGGUGUAUUGAACUUGAUUACCAACCGUGCGUGA